AUAUCCUUCUUGUUUUCACAACCCUGAAUAAGGAUGCAGUGCCUUCAUCCUUCAUCCUGAUGUAAUUGAGCUGUCAACUCAUCGACAGACGUCAAGUCUCCGACAUGUAACAUUCUACUGCUUCACCGCUAGGCGUAAACAAAAGGCAUUUUUGCUCAAAUAAACUAAGCAACAACUAGUCUUAUUUAAAGUUAAGAUCCUUGAGGAAUGUCCCCAUGAAUCCUGUAAAUAGUGUUUACAUCGCUGAAGGUAUACAUUGUGUGAGGAAUUAACUGGAAACCGAAAGCAAUAAAAACUGAUCAUGACCCCAUUUGAUGACUUUGCUUAUUUAAUAAAUCACGUCCUACUCGGAGAGGAGCCGACAAUCGAAGACUUCAUACUGCUGGUUGGAACACUGGUCGCCUUUGUAGCAUUCAUUUUAUGGUGUUGCUUCCCCAUUCAGCCCAAGGAGAAUAAUAGCCACCGUCAAUUCAGCUGUAAGUCGGCCCAACAUUCAUUCUCAUCGGCACAAAACAGUAAAAAUGGGACGAAUUCCCCCUAUAAUUAUGGGGUUAAAAGCAGUAGCCAUUCAUAUCACUGUUGUACUUAAUGUUAUCCCGGACAUUCUUCAUGGAGGCUCUUCCCCAGUAAACGUCAUAUUUUUAACGAAGCUUUGCGAACAUUUAAUAGCCACAAUUCCUACAUUCAUCAUUACUCUAUAUGACUAAACAACGUAUAUAUUAUUAUACCUGAAAAUAUUCGGCCGUUGGUUCGUUUUGGACGGCAUGUUUGCUUUAAUUGGAAAUUGUUUUUACAGACUGACUUAUUAAAUUUUAUUUCAACUUUAAAACGUAUUUGGAAAGUUAAAGAUAUUAUAUGAUAAUGUCAUAGAUAAGGAAAAAUGUAAAAUAUUCGAGUUAUUUUUAUACAAAUAAGCAAAUAUGUACUAAGAUAUGGGAGCACUGUAUAUAGGAAAGCAACCACUUUUCUAGUUUCUCAUUUGCUCAAUUAUUUAUUUAUCUAUUUAUUUAUUAUCGAUUCGGGAAAUAGUAAAAAUGUUACAUGUGUACCUACUUUAACUGACUUUCUUACACGCAGCCUGAAUAAAUUCAUUAAAUCAGAUCAGAGUGAAAUUCUAUUGCUAUUUACGUCCAAAUUAAAAUGAGCACGUUUUUACGUUGGUUUGCAACGUAAGCUGAUUCCCUCUAGCGCGCUGCAUAUUUAUUUGAAUUUUAAAUUAUACUGAUAUGUAUUUGAUAAAAUAAAUAAUGUUUACAAGGAAAUAAAUAUGAUUAUUCCCAA